CGAGUCUCACUUCCACUCUUCUCUAAGAAUCUCUUGCCUUUGCCCGGAUGUUCGGGAUCAAAUCUGGAGCAGCCAGGGCCGUCAAGAAUGCUGUUAAGUCGAUACCGACUUACCCUCAAAGACCGCAGAAGGUGUUCACUGUACUGGGUGUGGAAACCUCUGCGGACGACAGCUGUGCGGCAGUCGUCACUUCGGACCGCCGAAUUCUUUCAAACGUAGUCAUUCGGCAGGAUGAAUAUCAUGCGCCAACCGGAGGCAUACACACGCUGGUGGCCAUAGAGGCACAUCAGCGGAACCUGCCAGGUGCAGUGCAGAAGGCGUUAGACGACGCGGGCAUGUCUGUCCAAGACGUGGACGGCAUUGCCUACACCCGCGGACCCGGUAUGACAGGCUGUCUGGCCGUAGGGUCCAAUGCAGUGAAGUCACUGGCUGCCUCCCUCAAGAAGCCAUUGGUCGGUGUGAAUCAUAUGCAAGCCCACGCCCUGACACCGUUCCUGACCGAGCCCGCUGACAUGCUCCCGACGUUUCCCUUCCUCAGCCUGCUCGUCACCGGUGGGCACACGCUUCUGCUUCUUGUGGAGUCUCCACGGGACUUUAAGAUCCUCGCAACAACAACAGACGAGGCUAUAGGACGCGCCAUCGACAAGGUCGCCCGAUUACUCAAGCUGCCGUGGGGCGAGCGUGGGUUAGGCGCGUCGCUCGAGGAAUACGUCAAGAAAGGGCCACCUGAGGGAUUCGACAUAGAGAAAGGCUACGAGAUCCCACUUUACUCGACCCCCAUGCACCGCCGCCUGGAGUUCUCCUUCGCGGGUGUCCACUCGGCUACGGAAAUGUUCUUGCGUGAGCGCGAAGGAAAUAUCGAUGAGUGCACCAGAUACGCUACAGCGUACGCGUUCCAAAAGGCGACUGUGCGUCAGCUCGAGGACAAGCUCAAGUUGGCUUUGCGGGCGUGCAAACAGAACCGCGUACCCAUCAGGCAUCUGGUCGUCAGUGGUGGUGUUGCCUGCAACAUGUACCUGCGGCAAAGGUUGUCCGAGUUUUUGGAGGAGCAGGAUGAGUACUAUCCGAUCGAGCUGAUCUAUCCUCCGGUCGAGAUGUGCACUGAUAAUGCUGCCAUGAUUGCCUGGGCAUCAAUAGAUCGUUUCCUCACGGGAGACACUGACCCUUACAGUACCGACCUGGUUCCACAAUGGAGCGUGGAGGACUUUUUCUUCUAUCCGGAAAGCAGUGUGUCCCCUGCUAACCCCAAACCGAUCUCCUAGUACCAUCUCACUGUACAAAUUGGGUCUCUGGGCGUGUAAUGCAUUUUUACUCAUGGGCCAGAGGACGUACUCGUUGUGCAUGCUCGUUGGCGGUGGGGUCCACACACCGUUGUGAUGAACCAGGCCAUACAUACGUUCACUCUCCGCCAAGUGCACUGUGCUGGAUGUUGCAAAGGAAUCAUCAUCCUAGUAGACGGUAGCGUCUCAAGACU